ACUCCACCGCCGCCCGAGACAUGCACGCGCUCACGGUGACGCUUCUGCUGGCGCUGUCUGCCGGGACGUCGUAUGGUCAGCAGGCGGCCGUGGCGGACGCGGCGCCGCUGCCGGCUCCGGCAGCGCAAGCCCAGUUCGGCGGCGGGAAUGGCGGCUUCCCGCCAUACCAUUUCUUCCCGCCGUACUUCAACGGCUUCAACGGCUUCGGCGGCGGCGUCGGCGUCGGCGGCGCACAGGGUUCCUCUUCCGACGCAUCCUCUUCCUCUGUGGCGAGCGACGCCGGGGGCGGAUUGGGCGGCGUGGGCGGCGCGGGCGCGCCUCAGCAGGUGAGCUUCAGCCUGGGCUACCAGCCGCAGUCGGCCGCCCCCGGCGGCGGCGGCGGCGGCUUCCAGGGCGGCUACCGCUUCGGCUUCGGCGCGGCCCCCGUGGGCGGCGCGGACUCGGUGGCCCCCAGCGUGGCGCAGCCCGCGGCCGCCGGCGGCAGCGUCGGCUUCUACGGCGCCGCCCCCGCGCUGGGCUCCGCCUCGCCCUUCCUGGGCUCCGCCGGCGGCUUCGGCGCGCCCUCGCAGCUGGCCUCCGUGCCGCUGACCGCCGGCGGCCGGUUCGCUUUCGGGGGCGGCGAGGGUGGCGCGGGGGCCGGCGGGCAGUUCAGCGCGCCGCAGCCGCAGCUGCCGCAGCAGUUCGCCGGCGGCUACCGGCAGUUCGCGCCCCCGGCCUUCGGCGGCUUCGGCGGCUACCAGGGCGCCAAAAGCGGCGCCGCCAGCGAGGCGGGCGCAGCGCCUUCGCAGGCCGCCGCCUCCUCCGCCCCCGGCGGCGCCCUCAGCAAGCACUCCGUCACCAGCAUCCAGGACGAGAUCACCAAGCGCCAGUAGUGACGUCACGGCUCUCACCUCUGCUGAAAGGGCUGCCAGUUGUCCGAACAAUAUUUAUACAGUGUAACACCCAUCAAUGCUACAAUCUGACUGAGUUAAUAAAUUCUUCGUCCAGAAAUUCCGAGAGUAAUUCCAUAUUCAAAAUAUCUGACUAAAAAACAAAACACAAAAAAACUGAUGUGCUAGUAAUUCUAGCGCACCAAGGGUCCAGUACCAACUUAAUGGUUCAAAUGUCUCUGAGCACUAUGGGACUUAAUUUCUGAUGUAAUGAGUCCCCUAGAACUGAGAACUACUUAAACUUAUCGAACCUAAGGACAUCACACACAUCCAUGCCCGAGGCAUGAUUCGAACCUGCGUCCGUAGCGGUCUCGCGGUUCCAUACUGUAGCGCCUUGAACCGCUCGGCCACCCCGGCCGGCCCAGCACAAACUUAUAUGUAUGUACACAGUGUGUAAUGGGUGUAAGAUCAGAUAUUUUUAUACGUGGCACAUUACAUGAGCACGUAUUAGUGUGUUGGUUGUCUUUAUCUAUGUGUCCAACAGUCGUCCCACAAAGACAUCACGAACUUUACAACCUAAUGUCUUCUGCAAGGCCGUAACUGCACCAUAACGUGAACAACACCUGUCAGUGUUGCCUAAUCGUGUUGUGUCCACGCAUCAUACUUCAACAGCUAACCUGCUACCCUGGGGAAAUAAGUAUUCCUCUUGCCACACCUACUUGGAACUACUAUCGAACCUGAAAACAUAUUACUCAUAAUAAUACUUAUUAGACUACAAUUGAAAUAAAUACUGAUGUAAUGUUCUUCAGUA